GGGAAAGGGCGCUGGUGGCCGAGCUGAGGUAGCUCUGGCUGCCCCCGUGACUCAUUGAGACCACUGAGCUCAUGCAGCCAUGCCUCUUGUUUCCUUCCUUGGGAUCACAUGAAAAUGAGCAGAGAGUGGGUCACGAGCACAGGGUUCGCCUGUGACAAAAUGGUCCUUCAGUGGCGGCCCGUGGGCAGCUGUGCACACACACACACCCACUCACACAUGAAUUCCCCGGGGCGAGCUCUACAUAUACAGAACCUUCCCGACCCUGAAAGCCUGGGAAAGAAGCCGGGGCUGCGGGAGCCAAGGCCCACUUUGAACAGAGCGUCCUCCACUUUCCUGGUCUCCAUCCUGACUCUUGCUUCAGACACAGCACAUUGUGUGUGACCUCUGCCAUCGAUCCGGGAUGCUGUCCUUUGCCCGUGUGACGGCCUGCUCACGGACCUGCUCCCGCUUCAUCGGGCUGAGCCUCGGGACUGCAUCCCUGUUUGCUGCUGGGGCCAACAUCGCACUCCUCUUUCCUAGCUGGGAUGUGACCUACCUGACGAGGGGCCUCAUUGGCAAGCAUGCCAUGCUGGGCUCGGGACUCUGGGGAGGGGGUUUCAUGGUUCUCGUGGCAGCGACUCUCAUCUCCGUGACGGGCUACUUCAGCAAGAGCGCCCCCUGUCUGCGUAUGUUCAUCGCCCUGUUGUCAAGUGGCCUGGCUCUUCUUGGGGCUUUGGUUUGCUUUGUCACUUCUGGAGCAGCCUUGAAAGAUGGUCCCUUUUGCAUGUUCGAUGUCUCAUCCAUCAAUCAGACACAAGCUUGGAAAUUUGGUUAUCCCUUCAAAGACCUGCCCAACAGGAACUAUUUGUAUGACCGCUCACUCUGGACCUCCGUCUGCCUGGAGCCCUCUAAGGCCGUGGUUUGGCACGUGGCCUUCUUUUCUACCCUCCUGUGUGUCAGCCUCCUCCAGCUUCUCCUGGUGGCCGUCCAUCUCAUCAAUAGCAUCCUUGGCCUGCUCUGCAGCUUCUGUGAGAAGUCCUAG